AUGGCGAAGACUGAAAAGUACGUCGACUUCAGGAAGAUUAUGAUGGCUGAAACUGGAUUGAAACCGUACACAUCCCGGAUAUCCUCGGCAAUACCAGAAAUCAAGAAGAGCACGACAUUCACCACUUCCUAUUCAAUUCCCCAGGAGGGCAGCCUAUCAAGAAUCUCUUCCAGCGAAGGAACGUUUUCUGUGACGAGCUUCCCAUCUAUCGACAGCUGCGCCUCUUCGGUAUCUUCCGACGAUAAUUCUCCACACGUUAGAGGUAUUCUUAAAACAGGUAAAAAGUGUACAAAGAUGCACAAACGCUCGCUCCUCCACUCCUUCGAACGACCACGAAGAAAUAUCGACAGUUUCGUGAAAAAUAUUCUCAACGCACCGUCGCCAAAAGAUUCAGGCGUUUCUGAGGGUUCAUCAAGCGAAGAAGAAAAUGAUCGAAGAGGACGAUCUAAAAAUGGAAGAAACAGAACUGCGACGCAUUCUGUUGAAUCCAUGUCCAGAAAGUUCAGGUCUUUCAGCUUAGACAGAGAUCGAUUAACCAAAAACUCAAUGAGCACCUUCUGUCCCGACAAAUUCUGUGACAACCGCUCUCAAACAUCAUCUGACGAAAAAAUCAGCGUCAAGUCCGAUCUUCUCGGCUACAGAGGCGACCUCAAAGUCGGCCCCAGGACGGCUCCAUCAAAACGAAAACAGACGCACAUCCACCUCUCGAACCGUUACGGCAACCUCCUGCGCGAGUUCGACAGAAACCAGAAAAGCACCGUCCGCCGAGUUGAAAACAUUUUCGACAAGUGCCACCGCGACAUCAGCCUAGCCCUGAUCGACAUGAAAAUUGACCUUGCUUACUCAACAUUCAAAACCCGCUGA